CUUGGGUGUUGCUGUCGAGAGUCACUGUGCCGCGCAGCUGGCGUAACGCUGCGCAAAAUAGCCUAUUUGCAUUGAUUCGUUGCCCUAAAACGCCAUCGAACCGAUUGCAGCAGUUGGCAUAGCCGUGCGUGCAGCAAAACUGCAACACAGCGAGUCAGCCAUGCGGCUCCUCCUGCUGCUCGCGGCCAGCCAGGCCCUGCAGCCGCGGCGCCACACCAGACCGCGGACGCGACUCCAAGUAGCAGUCUUGCCCGACGCGCCCCAUUCAAUAGAAAUACCGAUCGGCGACGGCGCGCCGUUGAUCCUCGAGACGGGCCGAAUAGGCCGCCAGGCCGACGCGGCGGUCGUCGCCAAGCGCGGCGGCACUACGGUUUAUGCGACGCUAUGCGUCGGCGACGCCGACGCUGGAGGGGGUGAUUUCUUACCUAUGAGUAUAGACUACCAGGAACGCUACUCCGCCACCGGCCGCACGUCCGGCGCCUACAAUAAAAGAGAUGGCCGCGCGUCGGACGGCGAGAUUUUAACUUGCAGACUCAUCGACCGGCCCUUGAGGCCGUCCGUCGUCGACGGGUUCUGCGGCGACGUCCAGGUGCUUGCUUGGGUUUUGAGUUAUGAUGGUAUCCAUGAGGCGCAGACGCUGGCGGUGCAGGCCUGCUCCGCGGCGUUGCAGCUGUCGUCGGUGCCGACGCUGACGUCCGUGGGCUGUGCGCGAUGUACUCUAAGCGACGACACAUUGACGACGUCGCCCUCGGUCACGGAAGCAGCUUCAUCAACUUUCGACAUCAUCGUCGGCGCCGGUUCUGAUGGGAGUGUGCUGAUGGUCGAGGCCGAGGGGUCGUUCGCGCCGGAAGCCCAGGCUCUCGCAGCGCUGAACGAGGCCGUCGACGAAGCGCAGCGCAUCGGUCAUGCCAUCGGUGCGUGGGCCUCUGCCCUGAAGAAAGACGUGAGUGACGGCCUGAGGCCCUACCCUAGCGAGCUCGAGUCGAUCGUCGAAGAUGCGUAUGGCGAUGCCAUCCGCGAACAGACGAAGGCCCUGAGACAAGGCGACAUGGCGUCCUCUCGCAAGGCUUACGGUGAUUUAUGUCAGAAGGUCGAUGGGUUGAGCCUAGAGAAGGACUAUACGAGGGCCGAUAGCUCGAGGGUCCUCAAGAAACUCUCGUCAAGAGCCAUGUGUGCGCUCGUACGAUCUGAAGGAUUGAGGAGUGACGGGCGAGAUCUAACGACGGUGAGACCGAUCGACAUCGACAUGGCCCCCCUACCCACGGCCCACGGGUCCGUCGUGUUUACGAGGGGAGAAACGCAAUCGUUGGCCACGUGCACGCUCGGCGACCAGUCGAUGCAGCUCCGCGUCGACGAUGCCUUGGAACCGAAUACGGAGAAAAGAUUUUAUCUGCAGUACGCGUUUCCCCCCAGCAGUGUGGGCGAGACGGGUCGCACGGGCGCGCCGGGUCGAAGAGAGGUCGGCCACGGUGCCCUCGCCGAAAAGGCUUUGAGAUAUGCUUUACCCGACGCAAAGACCUUCCCCUAUAGUAUGCGCGUCGAGUCGCUCAUCACGGAGUCGUGUGGCAGUUCGUCGAUGGCGUCGGUCUGUGGCGGCUGCCUCGCGUUGUUGGAUGCCGGUGUGCCGCUCACGACCUCGGUGGCCGGCGUCGCGAUGGGCGUUUUGUUGGACGAUGUGGACGAUCCGGUGGUUUUGACGGACAUCCUCGGGAUAGAGGACGCCCUAGGAGGCAUGGACUUCAAGGUAGCUGGUUCAAGGGACGGCAUCUCGGCCUUCCAGCUCGACGUCAAGGAGCUCGGGCUCAAGGCGGCGACGCUCGAGAAGGCGCUCGCGCAGGCGCGCGAGGCGCGGCUCCACGUCCUGGACGAGAUGGCGUCUCGGGGCGUCGAUGAGCCGCAGGCGUUGUCAGAUAGCGUCCCCAAGACGAAGACCUUGCAAGUCGAGCCCGCCAAGAUCGGGAAGAUCAUCGGCAAGGGCGGCGAGACCAUUAGAGGUUUAAUUGCGGACGACGGUGCAUGAAUCAACUUGUCGCGCCGCGUCUCCACCACGCCAUCGAUGUGCGCGCAGGCGGACUACUGUUUGGCCAACGUUGAUGUUGAUGACGAGGGUGCCGUCAUGAUUAGCGGGAACGACCCGGAGCAGAUGGAGGCGUGCGCCGCCAAGAUCGUGGAGCUCACGUCCGAGGCGACGGGUGGGGGCGGCCGGAAACAGCGCGCGGCCUACGACGGGCCCAUGCCCGAGGUCGGGAGCGUCUACGCCUCCGAGGUCGUGUCCAUCAAGACCUUCGGCGCCUUCGUUUCCUUUGGAGAGGCCUUUCCGGGCCUGGAAGGGCUCUGCCACAUCUCGGAGCUCGCGCCGGACCGGGUCCGGAACAUCGAGAAGUUCAUCAGUGUCGGCGACGCCUUCGACGUGAAGGUCCUGGCCAUCGACGAGGACUCGGGCAAGCUCAAAUUGUCAAGGAAGGCGGCGCUCGCGGACAAGGUCCGAGACAGUCGGUAAUUUCUAGUGGAACUUGG